CUCAAAACAGACCGACUGUAACAAGCAAAGAGAAAACAGAAACUCUCAUAUUUUCGGAUUCAAUAAGCAGAUCAAACCCUCUAAAUUUGAUGAAAUUAUGUAUAUUAUUAAAUCAAUUCAGGAGAAUUAUCGGUCUUCAGCUGCCGAUGAUGAUCAGUACUACCCAGAAGAAGGCGGUGAUGAUUUUCAAGAUGGCGAGAGGGAAGGGAAGAAGAUGGAUUUCACUAAACUGGAACUCAAACCAGAUCAUGCCAAUCGCCCAUUGUGGGCUUGUGCUGAUGGAAGAAUUUUCCUUGAGACCUUCUCUCCAUUAUAUAAACAAGCCUAUGAUUUUCUCAUUGCCAUUGCUGAGCCUGUUUGCAGCUGUUUCAGUUGGUCUUGAGACUGAAACUAUAAUAGCCGUGUUGAACAAAUUGUCAAAGACCAAGCUUCCCAAGGAGAUGAUUGAUUUCAUUCAUGCUUCUACUGCUAAUUACGGGAAAGUGAAGCUCGUACUUAAGAACAAUCGGUAUUUUGGUGUUGAAAAGAUUGCUCAGUGAUGAAGCCAUAGCAAAGGCUAGAAUUUCCUCUGAGGUUUGUGUUCAAUGUGAUUGAGUUGCUUGUUUGCUGUUUGUAAUGGUUAUCAAGAAUUUGGCUUUUUCUCUGGAUUCGCCUUUUUGAUAAAACGAACAAGAAAAAAGUGUGGAAUUUUCCACUUUGAUUCCUUCGAAUUUCAACGCACUUUUGUUUUUGCUUGGUGCUCUUAUUGGUUACUGAGACAUUGUGGAAUUUUCUAGGGUUUUUAAAUCGGAUCGCUUACUCUAAGUGAUUGAGCUUAAUUGCUGGGAUCUUUUUAUCUAAUUAGGGUUUUGAAGAGUUCAACAGUAGCAAUUGAUCCGCUGAUCACCCGUUAAUGCGAGCAAAAUUGGCAGGGGAUUUGAGCUAUGGAAGAGGACUGUAGAUAUUAAUAGAGUUAUUAGCAGUUUUACCUUGACGGAGUUUUGAAAUACUGUGUUUUUGACUCUUGUUUGUGAAAUUUGAAGUGAAGAGCAAUUUUAAUUUAGUGGAUUUUGCAAGUUUAAGUUAGUGGAUUUUGGGUUGAUUUAGUGAAGAUAUAAAAUGGAAGCAAACUGAAGUUUGAAAGGAAUGUGGGGACAUGGUGCAUGGACAAAAGUAUAAUUUCUGAUUCGUUCUGUUACUGGAACAACACUGCUGUGAGAAAUUAAUUGGAGUAUUAUUAUUAUUAUUUCGGAGUAGAAUUUUGUGCAAUGUCGUGCUGCUUUCCGUUUCCACCACGGGGAUAUGAAAAGAAGCUUAAACCAGAGGAGGGUGACUUAUUGAAAGAGGUCUGUUCAACUUGUAUAAUUAUCACUUUUUGUGAAUGUGUUCUAAUAAUUCUAAGUAGUGCCAAAUAGCAUGUUCUAUUGUUCUAAUAAUGCGGACCAGUAACACAUUAUCUGGAGAUUAUUGGCUGUGGAUUGUGAUGCGUGGACUGCUCCAAAGGCGUUUUCUUUCAUAUGGUACUUAAUGUCAAUUAAUUGAUUGGAAAUUUAAAAGUAUGCAUGCUUCUGAGCCAAGUAGUGUGAUUCUCUUAUAUAUUGGGAGACAACAUUUCUAAAAGCAAUUGUCUUAAUAUAUCGGAAUUCGGAAGAAGACAUUCUAAAAGCACUGCUGAAAAGAUAGUGUAUAUUUGUAUAAAAGGAAAAAUAAAGGGAUCUGCUUUCUGUUUUGUUCUGAUUAGUAUAAGACGUGAUGCAUAAGUAGACUGCUUUAGACAUCUUUAGUUAUCUAAGGUGAAAUCUCUAGAACAUGAUGACGGGUAACAUUUUUUUUUAAUUGAAUCCAAUUGAAUGGUAUGUUAAUUUUCUUCCUUUGGAUGCACUAUACUCCAUCCUUUUGGUGGAAGUUGCUGGUUGCUUGUCAUGCUUCCCAUCAAUACUUCAGCUGGAUUACGUAUAUUUGUUAUUAGCAAAGGCUCUCUGGCCAUGGCUGUGGUUUCAGUUGAAUUAUCUUAAGUUACAGAAUCUUAGUUUGGGGCAUUUGUAAAUUAAUUAUUAUCUGGAUCUAUUUAGAGCUGUGUAUUUGUAGGAUUGUAUCCUUAGAAGUUCACCUUUUGAGAAAUUGCUAGAUUUGUGGGAGAAGAUAAAUGUGGAGACAGGGAAAAUUUGGUUGUUUUACAAUAGUAGGACUAUCUUUACUAGGGAAAAGGUCCAAACUUGCCCAUGUUAUAUCCAAAAUUGCUCAAUUUUGUGUUCUGUUGGACUUUUGAAACUUGUGGUCUUAACUGUGGAAAUAGGCCUAAUUUGGUUGUUUUAAGAUAGUAGGACUAUAUUUACUGGGGAAAAAGGUCCAAAUUUGCCCAUUUACUGUCCAAAAUUGCACAAUUUGGCCCUCAGUUAGACGUUAAAAACUAGUGGACUUUUCCCCCUAAAGGUGGUAAGCUGCCUUAUCCCGUAGGAUCCAUUAUGUAUUUUGCUGUUGGUGGGUGUUUCCUGUAUAUUUGGUGGAAUUUAUCUUCAUUUUGUCUGUCUUUUAAGAGUAGAGUUACUGAUGUUUGAUGUAUUUUUCUUGCAAACAUAUUAUACCCUCCACGAGUCAAGAAAAAUCUGCAAGUUGUGUAUAUUUUUUUCGUAGGUGGUUGUGGUGGGAUUGGGGGGACUAUCUGCUAUGAUGAAAUAUUUUGUGGUUUGCUGAUUGCCUUUUCUGUUUUGCGUUAGUGCUUUGUCUUUCAGUGUUCUUAUCAUUCACAUUUUGUGUGACUCUAUCUUGCGGAUACGUUGUACCUUAGAGGCCUGUAUUCACUCCCUAGUAAUAUUGUUUGUCUUAGGACAGUUUUAUUGUACUUGCCUUUCACUUUGAUAGAUAGUUUCCUAUUGCAUAACACCUCUCUCAGCCACCAUAUAGUUUGAUGUGCAAUAUUGUUAUCUGUUAUACCAUUCUCCUGAAACAUUGAGCUUAUAUAUUUAAAUUAUUUGCAUUUAGGCACCGCAAUCCCGACUAAUCUUACAUUAGCUUUACUUUUCUAAUGUUGGCUAAACUUGUAGUGCAUAUAUUUAAUCUUACUUGCAAUUAUUUUAAAACCCUUGCCUUCUAGAGUGCUUCUUCUCUGUUGUUUUGUUAAUUAACAUAAUAUCGUAUGCAAAUAUUUUACACCAUGGGACCAUAUCCUCUAUAUUGUUAGCUCAUCUACUAACUAGGGUAAGCAAGGGUACGUUUUUCGUAGUUUUGUUAAUUACCACCGUCAACAAAUAUCAUACACCUUUGACCCUCACUAUCAUAAAGAAAAAUAUUGUUCGUUAGCUCAUAGAUAACUCGGAUAAACAAGUAUGGGUUGAAUGUUGAUUCUUGGUGUAAACCCACGAUUAUGGGGAACUCCUUUUUAUCUCAUACAAUUGUUCUCACACUAGUGACUACUGCAUUCAUAUAUACAUGAUAUUUAUAUAUGUAGUAUCAAUUCCUUUCCGUUCAAACACCCACCAAAAAAACUUUUCUUGGCACUCUAUUACGUGUUUUUUCAUGGUCAAGGAACAUCAUUUAUAAAUCCUUUUUCCUCUCCCUACAAUUUUUUAUCAAUCUUCUUAGCAACAAUAUAGCCUACUUUUGUAGAUGUACGAGAUAUAAAUCCAAACUGAUUCACUUCACUUUUAUAGUUUCACUAAGUGUACGGGCAUUUACUUUCCCCCCAAAGUUUUAUUGUGUGGACUGUGGCUCAUGGAAUCAAGCUUCUUUGCCCUCAUCCAUUCAUGAUGCUAGAACUCUUUCUCUAUCUUGCACCACAUCGGGCGCUGAUGUGGCAGGAGUAACUACUUUACCCACAUUCAUAUGAACCAUUGUUCAUACUCCCUCAUCUGGGAAACGAUGUGAUGGAACUGAAGUCCGGUAACACUGUCUAAUUGAGCAUGUACCAAUGUAUUCUAUGUUGUGAGUUCAUCCUAAAUUGACUAGUUUUUUAGCUGGUUGUCAACCACUUGUAGCCCUCAUCCUUUAAUUGGGAUUCGAACUGGUAAUGUGAGCAAGCUCAAACAGGCAUGAUGAGGGCUCUUUUUGUCAUGGAUAUUUUCUGUUGCUGUUAUAAUUUUGUAGCUGAACCCAUUAUGGAACAUCAUUCAUUAUAAAGGCAUUUCACACGGCACGAGCUGGAGACUGUAGAAGUUAAUUAUGGACUUCUUCUAUGACGAUAACUCUCCUAAAAGAGACUGAUUAGGAACUAUUUGAUUUUUAAAUGUUUUUCCUUCAUGAUGCCUAAACUCAUAUUCAAGAAGCAAAACUUGUAUAUUGCUUUUGGAUCCUGCUAAUUAAGCUGGAGCCACGGUGAGAUGUGAUUGCCUUUUAAUAGUGUGUUUGCUGAUGUCCUGUUCUGCACUUUGUUAUUGCGUAACAUAUUGGGGCACCAGGUUUAGUAAAAGUGAUUGUAUGUAUUUGUUCAAUGUUUUGCUUUUCUUACUAAUAAACAAUGUUUACCAUACAAAUUUAAUACUAUGUGACUACUCUGUUUUGUUUGCUAUGAUGAUCAUUUAAGUUCUUAACUGGUGGUUGAUUUGUUUUUUCUCUUCAACUAUUGGAUACUUUUGUUCUUGAGCAUUCAUCAGAUAGAUCUAGGAUUUCCACCUGAACUUGAGUUUCUCAUUUGGUUUUCAAAUUUUGGCACUAUAUCAACUAUUUAUAAUGUUGUGCUAGAUUUGACAUGUUUUGGAUUUUCCUCCUUUUGCAUAAGGAUGUUUUAACUAGUUGUACUUGACCUACUUGUCAAACAAAAAUAAAAUUGUAAUCGACCUUUUUGGUAUAAACUAACAGUUCCUUUUCAUGUGUGUAGGAGAAAAGGAAGGAGAAAAAACAUAAAAAGGAAAAGAAAGACAAGGAAAAGAGAGAAGGUAAAGAAAAAAGGGAUAAAGACAAAAGCGAUGGGAAACACAGAGAAAAGAAAGAGAAAAAGGAUAAACACACGGACAAGAAGGAAAAGCACAAGGACAAUAAGAAGGACAAGGACAAGGAUAAAGAGAAAAGCAGCAUCUCUGAGGAGGCUAGAGUUGCCGCUCUACCUGGGCCUUCUACUGGAGGGAAACUUCACGAGAGAGAUGAACAUAAAGAUAGACACAUUAGCUCAGAUAAAGGGAGAGAUGAACAUCAGCUCAGAGAUAGGGAUAGAAACAUCAGCUCUGAGAAAAGCAAGCGCCCCGAUCAGUUUCACAUCCAGCUUGGCCUCUGCUGUUGAGACAGAGGACUCAAAAUUUGUGCAGGAGUUGGAGAGGAGGAUCAGAGAUGCAGAAAAGGGUGCUCAAAGUCAGUUGGCGGAGAGAUUUCCAGUUGAGUGCAAAAGGGAUGAAGAGACAGGCAGGGCGCGUCAAGGAUUCUGGAAAUUUGGCUGAACACAAGGAAAAGAACAAAGAGAAAGGAUUUGUUAACAAUAAGAUGGAUGGGCAAGCAUUCAGGGGUGAACAUAAAAUUGGAGCUAAUGCAAUACCUCCCAGCCUUUCUACAAUGGCAAAAGCAAAUUUGAUGGAGUCCCCAGACCAUUUGAAGAAAAUGUUGAGAAGACAAGGGAGGAAAAACAGAAACCUAAAGAAAGACGUGAUGACAAACCAAGAGAGAAAAACAAGGAUAAAGAUAGGGAAAAGAAAAGUCAUGGAAAGCAAAAAGACAAGGAAAAAGAGAAGAAAAAGGAAGAGAAGACGAAGGACAAAAGUGAACACAAGAAAAGCCAGGAGGAUAAAUCAAGAGACAUCAAUAAGAAUGACUUUAUUGGUCUUAAUAACAAUAAACUUCCACUUAUAUCCAAGGAAAACAUUGCUGGUACGGUCAACGUGGGAAUUCUCAGAAAGAGGAAGGAUGUUGAAACUAAUGGUUUCCUGCAUGGUGAGUUAAAAAAAAGCUAUUAACAGCCUGCUAUUUUCUGUUGUAUUGACUUUACAUCCUACCCUGCGGAUGCGUCAAAGCUAUGCGAGUUAUGUAUCUGAAUUAGAUUGCCUUGAUAGAGUUCUUAUGAUUUUGGGUGUAGUAGUUUGUUAGGGAAUUUGUAGCCACCAUAUUUGAUGUAUUUCUAAUGCAAAUUGCUUGAACUUAAACAAGCGUGUUCAGCUCUA